AUGAUGGACCGGUUCAAGCGCGCAUUCAGUUCCCCUCGUGCCUUCCAUCAGGCAAUCCGCCUUAAGAGCUCAUCUUCUUUUCUUGUAAACGAAGAUCUGCUCCCUUCCCCUGCGGACCGGCAGACCUGGAAUGCCUGGAGCUUCUUCGCCUACUGGUGGAGUGAAUCAUGGAAUGUCUCUACCUGGAGCAUCGGCUCGUCGCUCAUCUCUGCCGGCGCCUCCGUGCGCGAUGCUCUCCUCCUCGUCUUCUUUGCCAACCUGCUCUCGGCCACCGUCAUGGUUCUCAACGGCUUUGCUUCCUCCCGGUACCAUAUUGGCUACCCGGUUCUGUCUCGCGUCAGCUUUGGCAUCUACGGACACUACUUUGUCGUUGUGCUCCGAUCAGUCCUGGGGAUCAUCUGGGGCGGCGUGCAAAUGUACUUUGAAGGCCAGUUCAUCAGCAUCUGCCUCCGCUGCAUCUUCCCCAGCUGGUCGAGCCUUCCGAACAACAUCCCCGCAAGCCAACACAUCACCACGCAGAUCAUGAUCGGCUUCUUCCUUGCCUUUCUCUUUACCAUUCCCUUUGUCUUUGUCCAUACGUCGCGCAUCCAGCACCUGUUCACCGUCAAGUCGGCAGUCCUUCCCCUGGCCGGUUUGGGGAUCGUCAUCUGGGCGACCAAGGCCAACGGCGGCGUUGGCUCCUCCUCGCUCGAUGCCCAGGCCGAGUCGGCCAAGUCUUCCACCAAGGUCUUUGCAUGGGCCAUUGUCUCGCAGUUCAACGCCGUCAUGGGCUCCAACUCGGCUCUGCUCGUCACCAUCCCGGACAUUGCGCGAUACUCCAAGACGCGCAACGCCCAGACUUGGGGCCAGUUGAUUGCGCUGCCCCUUGGCCAGACCUUGUGCGCCUCCUUUGGAGUUAUCAGCACGUCCGCAGUGCUCAGCUUAUACGGGGAAGCCUUCUGGAACCCUUAUGACCUGCUAAACGGCAUCCUCGACCGCGGCUACACCUCGUCUGCACGCGCGGGCGUCUUUUUCGCCGCCGCAAGCUUCGCUUUUGCCACGCUCGGCACCUCCAUCGCCUGCAACUUCAUCCCCUUUGCAGCGGACGUCACCUGUCUGCUCCCCGCCUACCUCAACAUCGUCCGCGGCCAGUUCCUCUGCCUGCUCCUCGCCUUUGCCAUUGUCCCCUGGCGCAUCGUCACCUCUGCCAGCGGCUUCCUCAACUUCCUCAACGGCUACGCCAUCUUCCAGGGCCCUGUUGUGGCCAUCAUGCUCGUGGACUAUUUCCUCUUGCGGAGUGGGAACUUGACGCUCGCGGAUAUGUACACGGCCUCCAGCGAGGGGCUGUAUUAUUACGUGCGUGGUGCGAAUAUCCGUGCGUUUGUGGCGUUUGUCGUUGGCUUCCUGCUUCCGCUCCCGGGGUUCGUGGAGAGUUUCAAUGAGACGGGUUCUUCUUCCCUCAAUGAGGCUGCAUCGAAUAUGUACGCCCUCGGCUGGGAGCUUAGCUUCCUCGUUGGCGGCAUCGCGUACCUCGUCCUUGAUCUCAUCUGGCCCGUCCCCGGGGACGAGCGCGAGAUGGGUUUCGAGACGGCUCCGGUGGGUUACGAAGUUUUUGAGCAGCCUGUUAGUCGAGAUCGAGACCUCGAGGCGACCAGCGUUGAUGGGGCGUCUGGAAGGCAAGACGGUGAGCUUGAGGGAGAGGAAGCCAAGCUGGACAAGUCGCCCAGGGCUUAUGAGCAGGGUAGUCUUGUGUAG